CCCAGCUAUUCAAGGCUAUGCUGUCAACAUGGAGCAAUCUGUGGACCGAGACAGGUAUAGAGUUGACCUUUUCGUACAAGGCCUUGACUUUAACAACGAUACCCUCUAUCCAAUUUUGGUUGGAGAAGGGAAAGGUGGAGGCAAGUCUGCCAACGAAGUUGAAACUCAGGUCCUGCGGAGGGCCCGAGAAGCCAUAGUUGGACACGGCCUACAGGGAAUUUUCGCGUUCACUUGGUUGGGAGAAGAUUUCCGAGUUUGGAACGUGUCCGCGGAAGACAGAGAACUUGAGCCCCUGGACAGCGAUUAUCCUCGCGGCAGUCGCCAAGCCUACAUUCCGCUAGAUUCCCCAGAGGGAGACUGCAUAGUGUCUCUCACAGGUUUCAUGAAAGAGAACCGGCCUCUACGCGCCGCAACCGUUGUCCCGAGCCAAAGCAUCCCAGCGGACUUCUAAUAUAUCCAACGCCAAUCCAGGGGAUUCUCAAGGCCGAGCAAUGGAAACGGAUACUUCCUUUAGCGGUGUUCCUGAACCUGAGCCUGAGGCUGGUCCUUCUCAAAGGGCGCCGAGAAGUGAAAGGCGAACCAAGGAAGUAAAGAUCCAGAAAAGGAUGCGCGGUGGGUAUAAGUUUGCUUGGAAGAAUGGUGAAGUCGUGACCGAAAAGGAUGAGUGGAAGGCAGAGGGUGACGUUUUGAAGUUAAAGGAGAAGUUUGACGGC